AUGGCGACGCAACGACUCACCAUCGACAACAUCCGUCCCGAAGUUCGGGAUGCGCAGUACGCCGUUCGCGGAGAACUAGCCACCAAGGCUGAAGCAUACAGGGAACGUCUCGAACAGGGCGACAAGUCCUUACCCUUUGACAAGAUCAUAUUCGCCAACAUCGGCAACCCGCAACAACUCGACCAGAAACCCAUCACAUUCUUCAGACAGGUUCUGAGUUUGCUGGAAUAUCCUGCCUUGUUGGAGAAGGAGGAUGUGCUUCAGUCCGCGUUUGGGUAUAAGCAGGAUGUCAUUGAUCGGGCAAGGACCUUGUUGAAGGCUGUGCAGACUGUUGGCGCAUACAGUCACAGUCAGGGUGCUCCUCACAUUCGUGAUAGCGUGGCCCGGUUCAUCCAAGAGCGAGAUGGGUUCGCUACGGAUCCUAAGAAUCUGUUUCUGACUGGAGGUGCUUCUUCCGGUGUGAGUACACUGUUGAAUGUCAUCUGUGCAAACAAAUCGUCCGGUGUCCUCGUGCCUAUCCCACAAUAUCCGCUUUACACUGCUACGCUAUCACUGUUGAAUGCUCACUGCGUGCCUUACUAUCUCGAAGAAAACAAGGCCUGGGGUACAGAUGUCAAUGACAUUCGAGACUCAGUCACAAAUGCCAAACGCAACGGCAUCGAUGUUCGCGCCAUUGUUGUCAUCAACCCCGGUAACCCUACAGGCGCAAGUUUGAGCCCAAACGACAUCAAAGACGUGAUCGACCUUGCUGUAGAGGAGAAUCUGGUCAUCAUGGCAGACGAAGUCUACCAAACCAACGUUUUCAUUGGCGAAUUCACAUCCUUCAAGAAGCGACUGGGACAAUUACAGCAGGAAUUCCCCGGUAAAUACGACAAAGUCGAGCUGGCCUCGUUACACAGUGUUUCCAAGGGAAUGGUUGGCGAGUGCGGUCACCGUGGUGGAUACUUUGAGCUGGUCAAUUUUGACCCUGAGGUUCAGGCGCAGAUCUACAAAUAUGUUAGCAUUAUGCUUUGCCCCUCGGUUAUCGGGCAAUGCUUGGUUGAAUUGAUGGUCAACCCGCCCAAGGAGGGAGAGCCUAGCUAUGAGUUGUACUCGCAAGAGUACAACGGUAUCAAGGAUGGCUUGAAGUCACGAGCUAAUGCGUUGUAUGAUGCAUUCAAGACUAUGGCCGGCGUUGAAUGUCAAGAGCCACAGGGAGCAAUGUACCUCUUCCCCACCAUCACACUCCCACCAAAAGCCGUUCUGGCCGCCGGCAGCGCAGGCAAAAAGCCAGACGAAUUCUACUGCCUCGCCCUCCUAGACGCAACUGGUAUCUGCGUCGUUCCCGGAUCAGGAUUUGGUCAAAAGGAAGGCACCCUGCAUUUCAGGACGACGUUCCUUGCCCCCGGUACAGAUUGGGUGCAGCGGAUUACAAAGUUUCAUGCAGAGUUUAUGGAGAAGUAUAGGUGA